UAACGUUACAGUUAUUAAUGUAUCUUUACCUUGAGCUAUUUGAGCUAGCUAACCUUAUGUCAAGUCAUUUUGCUAAUAAUGCGUUCGUGCAUGUGUUGAUUAUGUCAGCCAGCUGGCUGGCUUGCAAUUCCCGUAAUUCAAGACGCAAAUGACUGUAGCAAGAGGUGUGCGUUACUUUGUUCUGAAACCUGACUCGCUUUUCUUGUCAAUUAAAUUGUAGCUGCGAUGGAUGCUCUGGAGGUCUUAUGAACAGAUUAUCGAGCAGUUAAAUACGCUCACUGUACAAAUUGGUUAAGAUGAGUUGGAUUUUUCUCAUUUUUGUAUUUAUGUCGAUGAAGCUUCUGAAGAGGAAGUUACUAGUCCGUGUUGUCGUAUGUGAUGGCUGCUCGGGCAGAGUUAGGCACUUCAACAUUCUUGUAACUACCAUCGGAUGUUGUGAUCGCUGGUUAUUUUUCUAAAUACAUUCCGAAAAUGUUAUUGGCCCAUAUUCUAAAUGGCACUAUGUUUUAGAAUGUAGAUAUUUUGUGAUAUACACUGUAUGAACACAGGUAUCUGGACACCCCUUGGUCUGUGGCAGUUUUUCAUGGUUUGGGCUAGGCCCCUUAGUUAAAGUGCAAAGGCAAAUCUACAGCAUACAAUCACAUUCUAGAAGAAGCUGCGCUUCCCCAACAGUUUUGGGAAGGCCCUUUCCUGUUUGAGCAUGACAAUGCCCCCAGGCACACAGCAAGAUCCAUAUAAAAAUGGUUUUGUCGAGAACAGUGUGGAAGAACUUGACUGGCUUGCACAGAGCCCUGACCUCAACCCCAUUCAACACAUUUGGGAUCAAUUUGAAAGCCAACUGCAGGUCAGGCUUAAUCGCCCAAUCUGUGCCCAACCUCACUAUUGGUCCUCUGGCUGAACGGGAACAAAUCCCUGCAGCAGUGCUCAAAUAUCUAGUAUAAAGCUUUCCCAGAAGAGUGGAGGGUGUCAUAGCAGCAAAGGGUGGGCCAACUCUAUAUUAAUGCCCAUAAUUUUGGAUGAGAUGUUGGAUGUCAGGUGUACUUUUGACCAUGUUGUGCAUAUACCACUAAAUCAUUUGUUGUAUGAGAUAAACAACAGUUAAUCUACAUUUGGUGUGCUGUGCAUGGAAGACAAUCACAUUGAUAUUGUAUUUGGACAUAUGACUGGUAUUUCUGUCAGACUUAUUGUCUUCAUUCACAUGUUGAGUCUGUUAUUCUCUUUGAACUGUUUUGUUUAACUUUGUGUAAUUGUAAUAGUUUUUAGACGGGUAGCAUUGUGAGGAGACGGCUGGCUGUGGCGCCUCCCGCGCGUGCGUCUGCGUUAGGUUUGGCUACUCAGCCUGAAACUGUCAGACGUGCGUGUUUGUUUGUUUGUGUGAGAGUGACAGACGGAUGCAUCCAUGCCAUCUCUAGACCUUUCACUGUACAGGGCUCUGCUGCAGCUCUUGCAGGUGCCUGUUUAUCUGCAGCAGGGUAGGCCAGGGGAAGAAGCCAGACUGAAACUGAGGCGUAACGGUGCUGGAUCAUUCUGCUUAGAGAGGAAGGAAGUAGUUGAGUGCGAUCAUGUUAUUGGAGCCAAAAGCCACAGCAGUAAGGGAAAAGAUGAAUGUACAGUGCUAUUUGUCUGUUCUGCAUUGUGUCCCUUUGUGUGGAAAGGGCUGCUCAUGUCCAGUAUUCUUUUGCAUAAUUAAUUUUUUUUUUUUUGAUGUUGUUUAAUUCAGUCUGAAGCUUUUGAUCCCAUGGCUUUAUUUUGCUGGUAUCAUUGUGUUGUGUGUGCUGUCACAUGGUUGCAUAACUUCACUUGUCCGUGUGAACUGUCCUUGGCUGACUAAGGCUGGGGACAUCAGGGCCACAGUUUGUUGUUUGUUGAAUAGUAAGGCUCUUCUUUCCUUGCAAGAGCUCUCCAGCCAGUGACUGGUACAUAGUGAACUGGGCCUUUGUGGAGGGCGGAUAGUAGGCAAAAAAUUAGCCCGUUAUGCAGUGACAUUCAGGUCUUUUUUCUGAGUAUAGUAAACGGAGAGGGACUCAUUGGCUUAAUUUUAAACAUGUCUAUCAAAGGGGCGAUCCUAUUUACAGCACCAACAUGUCAAGGCUUCCUGACUCAGAGACGGCUGGUGGCAGAGGUUUUGCGAUGGAAACUGUGACAGCAUCCAUGUAUCCUGGACGGAAAAUGUCACCAGUCAAACCUCUCACCAUGAAAGACUAUGAAAACCAAAUCACGGGACUGAAGAAAGAAAAUUUCAACCUCAAGCUGCGCAUUUACUUCAUGGAAGAGCGCAUGCAGCAGAAAUUUGACGAUUCCACAGAGGAUAUAUUCAAGACGAAUAUUGAGUUGAAAGUAGAGGUGGAGUCCAUGAAGAGAGAUCUGGCGGAGAAGCAGGAGCUGCUGGUCGCUGCCUCGGAAGCUCUGGAGAGCUUGGCUGGAAAAGAAUCAGCAGAGGCCUCUCGUGCGAAACAGCAGGCCCAGAGGGAGAUAGACCAGCUCAAAGACUUCUUCAACAACAGAAUCCAGCAAUUAGAGGAGAAUCUGAAGGCAGCUGAAGAUGAGGUUGAGAAGAUGGCGUCCAUCGCGGAGCAGGAGAAGGUGCGCAGCAUUGACAUGGAGAAGCAGCUGCUGGCGAUCGGCCUCUCCGGCACCUUCAAACCCUCUCCCACUCAGGACCUACACCAUGCCCUGCAGGAGAAGAACAGCAUCAUUGAGCAGCUGAAACUUUCAUUGAAGAACCAGGAGUCGGUGAUUGAGCAAUUGAGGAAGACCUCUAAUGACCCGGGUACUGGGGAUACACAGGCUUCUGAGCACAUCUCACAGCUUUCUGCUCUCAUUAGCCAGAAGGAUGGGGAGCUUCAGGCUCUGAGAGAGGGACUUGAGCAUGAGAAGGCCCGGAAUGAAAGAGAAAUGCAGAGCUUGGCUGAUCGGCAGAAUGAGGUGCCCCGGCUGGAAGCUGCCUCGAGACAGCUGGACGAGGAGCUGCGGGGCGCCAGGGGUGCAGUCCAAAAUCUAACCAAGACCCUGGAGGACACAGAAGGCCAGAACAAGGUCCUGAGCGGUAAACUGGAGGAAAUGGAGCGGGAGAUGGCCUCAGAGAAAAAGAAUGCUCUGAAGCGAGACAAAACCAUCCAAGGCCUGACUCUGGUACUGAAAGAGAAGGAAAAGGAGAUAGAGGAGCUCUGCCAUGAGAUUGAGGACAGAGACGAGGCUUUAGCCAAGGCCAGGGAGGCUGCCCACAAGGCACAGAUCCAGAAGUACCAGGGAGCGGAGGAGCACCAGAGCCUCCUGAUGGAGAAGCAGGCGGAGCUGGCCAGCCUGCAGCUGGAGCACCACACCAAGGCUCUGGAGGCCCAGAAGCUGCAGCGCUCACUGGGGCGCCGCGAGAAGGAGCUGGGGGACCUGCAGCAGGCCAAGGAGCAGCUGGAGCUGGAGCUGGAGGACCUGCAGCAGCUGAAGAAGAAGGGAGACAAAACUAUCAAUGACCUGAACAACCAGCUGAAGAAACUGAAUGGAGAGAUCGGGGAGAGAGAGAAAGCCCUGGAGCAGCAGUACCAGGCCCUCCUGGACGAAAGCAAACGGAAGCUCCAGGGUCACGAGGUCACCAUCCAGCGCCUCACCAGCACCCUCAGCGAGAAGGAGCUCCAGCUGCAGGAAUACAUGAAGAUGCUGAAUGAGCAGCAGCACAGCAGCAGCCCUGGAGGCGGGGAGAGCGUGCUGGCUAAACUGCGCCAGCGGCUGAAAGACAAGGAGAAGGCGCUGGAGCAAGCCAUGGAUGAGAAGUUCGCCGCCAUCGAGGAGAAAGACGACGAAAUCCGCCAACUCCGUCUGUCGCUAAGGGAAAAGGACCGAGAACUGGAAAGGCUGAACAGCCUUCUCUCUCACAACACAGAGACGAUAAACGGUUUGGACGCGCUGGUUAAGGAGAAGGACGCGGCGCUCCAGCACCAGGCCAGCGUGUUCGAUAACCUGCAGCGGGCCAAACGGGAGCUGGAGGAGCACCUGGCCCGCUCGCUGCGAGAGAAAGACUCCAUCAUCGCUCAGCUGCAGCAGUCCCUCCACGCCAAGACCCAGGACCUGGAGGACAUGUCCAGCGCCAUGCUCAGCCGGAUGCAGAGCGGCACCAGGGACCUGGCGGAGCAGCUGAGCCAGCGGCUGAAGGUGGCAGAGGCCAUGCUGGCCGAGGCCCUGCGGGACAAGGAGAGGCUGGUGGCCGACAACGAGAGCGCCGUGGACGGGCUCCUGGCCACCAUCGGCAGCAAAGACCAGCUCUACAAGGAGUCUGCUGAGCGCUAUAACCGCGCGCUGAGCGAGCGCUCGCAGGAGAUUCAGGACCUGAGGAGGCAGCUCUCUGAGAGGCAGCAGCAGCUGGCCAGCGCUGAGAAGCAGAGCUCAGUGGCCACACAGGAGAAGCUCCUGGAAACAGCACAGCUCAAGGUCCAACUGAGUGAAAAGGACGCACUGAUAAACAAACUGGUGGAGAGAGGACAGGAGAGGGACCAGUUCCUGGCAGAGCUACGACUGGCGGGGGCUCCAGCGCCCCAGGUGGUGGAGCUCAGACAGACCAUUCAGGUGCUGCAGGAGCGUCUGGAGGAGAAGGAGGCCGAGCUCUCAAAGAAGAGCGACGAAGGGAACGUCAGCAAAAUGGCGGUUACCAAGAAGACGGGUUUGAUGCUGAAGAAGGAGCUAGAGCAGAAGACUGAAGCGCUUAACAAGGCGCUGAAGAAGGAGAAUGAACUGAGGAUUGAACUGGCGGAUCUGCGGUCCCUGCUGACAGACCUGGAGAAUCGCAAUGAGGCCCAGGCCGCGAACAUCGAGUCCCUGACCACCACCCUGGAGACCAAGGAUGACAUCAUUUGGGAACUCCAGGAACGCCUUGGCAGGCGGGAUAACAGUGCUCAGUGUGGCUCCAUAGAGGAGAGACCCCGCCCUGGCCUCCCACAGAGAGAGAGAACCAUCAUCGGAGGCAACAGCCAGCAGGAGACCCAGCCCUCGCUGGCAGCCCUGGCCGCAGAGCAUGAGGGCCUGAACCGCGCCCUGAAAGCAGAGCAGCAGCUCUACUCCAGCCUGGUCAGGGCUGUCAAAGAGCAGGACAGUGCCCAGCGCCUGCACGCCCUGCAGAUGGAGCUGGCAGCCGUGCAGCUCCUGCGUCAGAGGCUGGAGGAGGGCGUCCGUACCAACGAGGACCUGCGGCAGGACCUGGAGCGGGAGAUCCAGCGCGCCAAGCAGAGAGAAGGGGGCGAGGCUCAGACUGAAGCGGUUGACGGCAAGGAGCUGGAGAGCAUGCGGCACCAGCUGGAGGACGCGCAGCGGUGGAACGCGUCCCUGCAGGCCCGCCUCGGGGCCAUCCAGAGUCGAGGAGGUGGAGUAGGGGGAACCAACGACACGGCGGACACAUUCAGCUUCAUUGCCGAUCAGACCUCUUACAUGAGUAUCUGCGUGGGAGACGGGCUGGAUGAACUGAGCCUCUUAUCUGCAGUGGAGCUCAGACAGAAGGUGGUAGAACUCCAGGACUGCAUUAACAAACUCCAGGCGCUGAAUGCCGAGCUCCAGAAAAGUGCCUCGUUGUCGGAGAGCUCUGCCAAAGAUCCUGUGGAGGAGGAAAAAGAUGUGAGGAAGCUUGCAUCUGAGAAGCAUUGUGAGAGGAAGCUGGGGGAAGCUGUACCUGCUAACAGGACCCACCACUCACUGAAUGAUAGGGAGAGCCAAUCCGCUGCUCCAGAGCAGGUGAAGUGUCGGCGGGUGGAUGGGAGCAGCCCGCUGUCUGACAGUGAAAGGAGUGAGGGAGCUCUGCUGGAUGUGAGCUCCAGUAGCGCCGCGUCCGCCUCCCAUUCCCCUCGAGGUGGAGGCCGAAUCGGACGCAGCAGAAAGAGCGAGCGUGAAUGGAGCCCGGAGGAGCAGGGCAGGGAGCUGGCACUGCUGCGGUCACUCCUGCUGGACAGCGGGGUGUCCUCAGUCUCUCAGCUGAGAGAGGAGGUGCAGAGAUUGCACUCUGAGAACAUUGACUUGAAGGGUCUCCUGAAGGAGGAGAAAUCCACAGAGUCCAAGGAGAGCGCAGACAGCUCCGGAGACAGCGACGGGAACAAAGACCUCCAGAAAGUGGUGGAGAAGCUCAGGUCUGAGGCCAAAGGCUACCGCAAGGUCAUCAAGCUCCUCAAGGAGCAGCUGGAGCUCAACUCCUCCUCCGGGGGCGAGGCUGGCUUCAACCCGGAGCUGAUCGUGAGCAUGGCGAGGGAGAUCGAGCGGCUGAAGGCCGAGCAGGAGGCCUGCAGGAGGAGGGCUGAGAGCCUGGAGCGCAGGCUGCAGGAGACGGAGGCCCAGCCGCCGCUAACCGAGCAGCCUCACGGGAGCAGCUGCGAGACGGACGCCUCGCCCAGAAAGAACCAACAUCCAGACCUUAUUAAACAUUCGAUGAGUUCGAGAUCCCGCCUCCCGGUUCCCUUAAGGCCCAGUAAGUUGGUUGGAAGCAGCACAAAGGCUGGCGGUCAGGCCUAUGAGAGAGUGUCACAGUCACUGAGAGAGGAGAGUCAUCUGAUGGAGAAAGACCAGCUUCAGAGGCACGGUCUGCCAAGUCUGCUAGACUUGGAUCAGCAGGGCCAGGUGGGCCUGGUCCAGCAGAGUUCACUGUGGCCAGACACGGAACAGCCCACCGAUGAGCACACGGGCAGCGCUGUGAUUGGCCAGAGCACAGACGUGGAGCUCCGCAGUCAGCUGGAGCUGCUCCACAGCGAGUGUCAGGAUAAGGAGCAGGUGAUCGCCCGGCUGCAGGACAGGGUCGCAGAGGCCGAGGAGCUGCAGGAGCAGCUGCACGAGAAGGAGAGGCUCAGCCGGGAGCUGGUCGAGGCCCUACAGGCUGCCGAGUCCACCAUCGCGUAUCUCACCGCCUGUAACCUGGGCAGCCAAGGCGGGGGCCACCGGGCCCACGACACUGAGCUCCAGGCCCAGUUCAGCAAGCUUCAGAAAGCUCUCCAGGAAAAGGAGGAGCUGAACCAGCAGCUGGCGGAGUGUCUGCGUGUGGCCGAGUCCGCGCUGGCCUCCCUCGGGGCCUUCGCUCCCAGUGACGCUGCUGGAGACGGCGCCCUGGUCUGCACCGACCCACAGGAGCUAGCGCACAAGCUUGAGCGCGCUCUGCAGCAGGCCAGCAGGCCGUCUGCGCAGUCACCCAGCUGGGAGCAGGGCAGCAGGCCGUCUGCGCAGUCACCCAGCAGAGAGCAGGCCAGCAGGCCGUCUGCGCAGUCACUCAGCAGAGAGCAGGCCAGCAGGCCGUCUGCGCAGUCACCCAGCAGAGAGCAGGCCAGCAGGCCGUCUGCGCAGUCACCCAGCAGAGAGCAGGCCGAGGCAGGAGACGCGCAGGUCGGAGACCUGGAUGUGCACCGGCAGAUCGACCAGCUGCAGGAGGCCCUGUGGGAGCAGAGCAGGCUGAAUGCCGAGCUGCAGGAGAGGCUUCAUGCUGCAGAGCAGAACACCCGCAGGGACAGCACUCAGAAUCAGAACGCCAGCCUCUGCAGACAAGGGGAAGAGCCCCGGAAAGGCCCGGAAGUACAGAACAAGGAGGCGAGGGAUCGAUAUGAAACGGCUGGAAAUAAGAGAAAAGGCACGAAGAGCACAAAACUGCAACAGCAGCCUGGAGAGCCACACAGGGACCCACACACGCACGACCAGUUAAUCCAAUGGCUUGUAGCGUAUCUCCAGGCAGCGGAGCGCUGUGUAGCCUCCCUCAGCGCGCUCUGUGCCGAGGGUAGCGCCCGCGAUGGGCAGAGGGGCCUGGCGGAUCUUCAGCAGCAGCUGGAAAAACUUCAGAAGGCCGGCCAAGAGAAGGAUCGGCUGCACGGGCACUACUCGGCCGAGCCGCCCCGGCCCAGCACCAAGCCUGCCGGCCAUCAGGACACAACCAAGGCCCUGCAGGACAACAUCGGCCACAUCCAGAAAGCCUUCACAGAAAGCAGGCUGGUAAUCUGUGAACUGCAGGAAGCCCUCGAGGAGCAGAAGCAGCUUGUCAGGAGCUAUGAGGACCGGCUGAGGGCCGCUAGUUCAGCGCAAGGGGCUAAUGUCCAGGAGCAGCUGGACUCCCUGCAGAAGGCUCUGAAGGAGAAGAAGCGCACAUGCAAAGUGCUGGAGGAGAAGCUGGCUGCAGCUCAGGCCAUCAUCGCUCUCCAGAGUUCACCACAGAAGACCCGCAGUGCAUCCCAGCAAACGACCUCUCUGCAACAGGAUGACAAAGAGGUGCAGGUGGAUUUGCAGGACCUGGGUUACGAAACGAGUGGAAAGAGUGAAAACGAAGUGGAUAGGGAGGAGAACAGUAGCACAGACAACGAUGUGGGCUUGCAGCUGCACGCCAGCGAGUCGAACAUCUCUUGCCUGCUGAAGCAGGUCCGUGGCGCCUUCUCCUCCGUGGAGAACCUGGACUCCAAUUCCAGCGCCUCGUACCCGAGCUCGCCCACCCUCAGCUCCCCGAAGGCCAGCCUGAAGGGCCUGCAGGCGUUCGAGGACUAUGGGCAGACCGACAGCGUGGACCAGCUCAAGCAGCAGGUGUGCGAGCUGAAGGGGCAGCUGGAGGCCCACCAGAGGGCCGUCCGCCACCUGCAGGGCCUCCUGCGCCGGAACUCCCUGUCCAGCGACCUGCUGACCGUGGCCUCGGACCCGGGGCACUCCGCCGCGGGGAAGCACGACUCGGGGCUCGGGGAGGGGCAGGAGCACGCCUCCGGGGCUCUGGGCAAAGGGCUGAGCCACAGCCUGUCUCUGGGCCCGGAGGAGGAGGAGCUGCAGGUCCUGAAGGACCAGCUCACCGCCCUCAGCAUGGAGCUGGAGAAAGAGAGGAGCUCCAACAGGAACCUGACGGAACAGCUGCAGCAGAUUCAGCUGCGCAGCCGAUCUGCGUCGCCAGCCAGGAUCGACUCUCUGGUGCAGUCUCAGGCGCGGGAGCUGUCCCAGCUCCGGCAGCAGAUCAAAGAGAGCCGGGGCCUGGGCACCCUGCAGCGCCAGCAGCUGGAGGACCUCCACAAGGCCUUCGAGGAGCUGCUGCAGGCCAGCGACGUCGACUACUACAUGGGAGAGGUGUUCCGCGAGCAGCUGGACAAGAGCCUGACUCUGCUGGAGAGACUGGAGGACCGGCUCGAGAACGGUGAUGCGCAUUCAGAUAAUGAGGAUAGCGCUAUGCUGGAGCUGGCUCAGAGAGAAUCUCUCUGCCUGUCACUGGAUAGUCGAAGUAGCCACCAUCCCCCGAUAGGCUACCUGCAUUCACAGCUAAAGGGCGAGAGAGAGCAGCUGCAGCAGCAGCUGAGAUAUCUUGUACAGCAGAACCAGAACUUAGCAGAAGCUACUAAGGAACAGCUAGACCUGCUCUCCAAGGAGCUGCAGGACAAGAACCGUCUGGUCCAGAGUCUGCAGAAGCAGCUCCAUGGUCAGUCUGCCAGCAACCUCCCCAGCUCUGACUCUGAGAUGUCCGACAGGACGCCGCACAGUGGCCAGGUCUCCACCUACACCACGAGCCCCACCUCCAGUCAUAGGCUCAGCUACAACCACAUCUUUCAAGGGAGCGGAAGAGAGGGUGGAGUUCCGUGCCAGGCGGGGGAUGCUGGGACAGAGCAGCGGCUGCAGGGCUUGCAGAAGGAGAACAGCCGGCUCCUGGAGCAGCUGAAGAGCAGCGAGCAGCUGAACGAGACGCUGCGCAGCGAGCUGGACCUGCACUGCUCCAUCCUGAGCCCGAGGGAGCAGGAAACGGUGGGGUCUCCGCCUCCGCGCCGGGAUCCUGAGGCGGGGCGAGACGUGCCAGGCUGCGCCGGCCCCCGACAGAGCGCCCGAGUGGCCCCCGGCGGGGCACUGAACCCGGAGCUGCUGGCUGAGCACCUGCAGGAGAUCCGCAGCCUGCGGCAGCGCCUGGAGGAGACCAUCCGCACCAACGAGCGGCUGCGGGAGCAGCUGGAGCGCAGGCUGGCCGAGGUGGAGAAGGACCCAGCAGCCACAAAUAUCUUCAUCCACGGGACCGAGGAGCAGGGCCAGCUGGCCAACGAGCUGCGCUUCCUGUGGGGCCAGAACCAGGCCCUGAAGGAGCAGCUGAGCCUGGGGUCGCGAGCAGAUAAGCAGAAAGAGAAUGAGAAGCUGAGGGAAUCGCUGGCCAGGAGGACGGCCAAGCUGGAAUACCUGAGGAAUGAGUUUGAGGCGCUGAAGAAGGAGAACGGCCGAUUGCAGAGCCGCCUGACCGCCACGGUGGAGGACAACAAGCACCUGCAGGACUCCCUGCACUACAGCCGGGAUGAGAUCCACAGGCUGCAGUGCGAGAUAAACGUCCAGAGGCAGCAGCUCAUGGACAACCACCAGCUCCUGCAGUCUCUGAGAGUGGAGCUGCAGGUGUACGAGCAGAUUAAGGUCGAUGCGGACAAGCAGCCUGUCCCAGCUCCGGCCCAGAGCUCGCCAGACCCGGUUUCCGGGCCCGUGGACCUGAGCGAGCUCCUGUCGGAGAUCCGCCACCUGAGGCUGCAGCUGGAGAGGAGCAUCCACACCAACAACGCGCUGCGGCAGAAGCUGGAGGAGCAGCUCCAGAGGGGCCCCAGCAAGCGCGAGGGCUCCCCCUCCAUCCUCAUCAACUACCUGCUGUCCGGAGAGGCCAGGGCCCCUGCCGCAGAUGACGGCACUAAACCCCCUGCGCGUGAGGGCUGUGAUCCAUACCAUCCCACCCCCCAGGGCUCCCCGGGCCACAGGGACACCUCCGCUGCCCUGCAUGAGGUGAGGAGGCAGGCGAGCGUGGAUCUGGACCGCUUGUCCCAGUGCAGCGGGAGCUCAGCGGACAGCACCACCCCAGCCCCCUCGCGACUGGUCCCCGGCCACCGCCUGUGGGCCAACAAGAACGGGCGACACAUCCUGGGGCUCAUCGAGGACUACAGCGCCCUCCGCAAGCAGAUAUCCGAAGGGAGGAAGCUGACGCACGGGAUGGACAGACAUCUGCAGGAGUGCUUCCGCACCCUGUCCCAGCAGGACGCAGAGUCCCAGGUGCUGGACCAGCAGCUCCUCAAAGGCUUCUCUACAAACAUCAACACGAUGCAGCAGGUGCUGGAGGAGGCCGGUCGCUUGCUGAAGCUUGUGUGGAGGGUCUCCCUCCCCUCCAGCUUCUCUAUGGAAGGUUCACAGAGCCAUCAGGAUGAGCUGCUAAAGAAUGAGAUCAUCAGAUUGAAGAGCAGGUUGUCCCAGCAAGAGAAGAUGCUAAUGGGGGCAGUGAACCGCCUGCGCUCCACCAAUCAGCUGAAGGAAGGCAUGGAGAAGGUCAUCAUUGAUCAGUUAUCAUUAACUCAUGGUGUGCUCAGGAAAGCCAGGGGAAACUUAGAGACAAAUUAUUUUUCACGGUUUGGCCUUAAAGGCUUACCAGGAACAACUGAAGAUCCCAGCCAAUGGGCAGUGACCCCUGUAGAAGAGGGAACCAUCGUCAGGCGUACGUCCACCAGGAGUUCAGCGAGACACUCGCAGUCUUCAGAGGGACAGCACAGCGACACCUUCGUCCCCCUCGCCUUGUAGCUACUAAACCCUCCCCGGUGCCUUCCUGUCUCCCCGUUUUUAUUACUGUUCAAGGUACGCACUCUGCAAAUUUAACUUUGGGAAGGGAACUAGACUUGCACAUUUACCUAUAUAUUUUAACCUAUUUUAAUAAUGGAGUUGUAAAACAUUUCAUCAGCAAUAAUGUAAAGGUUUUACUUGUGUAAAUAUUGAGUCCAUUUUUAAGAUUUGUACUUAAGUUUUAUUUUUUACAUACCAGACCUGUUAUUUUCACUACCUUGUUUACCUUGAAAUACAUGUGUUUGACACAUUGUUUAAACCUUUCUUUACCAUGAAAAGCCUUCCCUCUUGAUUGUUAAUGUUCAUUGACCCAAGGAUUUUUAUUGGGGGAAAAAAAACUGUUGAAAUUGUAAGGAAAGUGUAUAAACAUUAAAUGACAGCUUUGCUUGAAACAUCA